AUGUUAAAGGCUGGCACUGAUCAACCAACAAUACUACAUAAACAUAAUAGUGAUAAACAACCAAUCUCAAUACCAGAUAAUGCAACACAUGUUUGCUUUGGCGAAUCGUUCUUGGAGUAUGGCGACUCAUUCAACUCGACGAUACCACCCAACUGCAUCCCUCCCUCGGUCACUCACCUUCAGUUUGGUUAUCAAUUCAAUCAGACGUUGAUGCCGGGCACGAUACCCGACUCGGUGACACUGAUCAAGUUUGGACACGGCUUCAAUCAACCGUUGAUGCCCGGCUCGAUCCCAUCGUCGGUGACCUAUCUAAAGCUGGGCUUCUGUUACGACCAACCGCUGUCCACGGCGGUGCUGCCAGCGUCGAUCAUCAAGCUCAAGUUUCGCUCGAAAUACUCUUGUACAUUAGCGCCUGGGUCGCUGCCAAACUCGAUCGAAACAAUCAUUGGACUGCCGCAAUUCAAAAUCGCCAUUCCCAACUCUGUCACACAGCUCAACAUUGGUCGACGCUUCAACUCGACCAUCCCUGUCGGUGCCAUACCAAACUCGGUCACCGGUCUCGUCAUUGGCGAGUCGUUCAAUCAACCAAUCAGUCGGGGCGCCAUCCCCAACUCGGUCAAAUACCUAACGUUUGGCGUACUGUUCAAUCAACGCAUCGACCCGGGUGUCAUCCCUGCUUCUGUCAUCGACAUACAGUUUGGUCCUCGGUUUAAUCAGCCGCUGGUGGCGGGCGUCAUUCCUCCUCACACCAAGUAUCUCAGGUUCGGCACUGAUUGGAAUCAAGUGAUCACACCUGACAUCAUCCCGCCGUCAGUCACACACAUCAAGCUUGGCCAGCAGUUCAAUCAACACGUGGAUCUAAAGAGUUGGGCGCCAUCUGUGACGCACCUCAUCCUGGGCUACCUCUUCCACUGCGACGACUAUCCACAGUUCUUCAGCAAGAACACACUGGAAUCGGUACUGUCGUCCGUUUCAAACAUUCAUCUACAGAUGGAGGAUGAGCUCUAUGCUCUGGUGAACAUCCGAGCGAUCGACAAGGACGUUGUGUUUGUGCUCAAUGAGAAUCUGGAGGGAGGCUUCCUCUCGCUGCCUCGACUGCUCAGUCUGGCCAAGCAGGAAGGUUCAAUCUAUUGUCACGUGGCAAACAAAAGGAUACAGACCUACGAUGAUGAAGACGACGAAGACGAUGCAGAGGGUGCCGACAACAACAAUGAUCACUAUGAUCUGGAAGAAUAUGACAACGACAACAUCGAACUAUAG